CGGCGCGGCAAGAUCCCGGCUCCGACCCCGGACGGCGCGCGCACCCGGAGCCCCGGACCCGAGUAGGGCCCGCAGCCGGCCGCCGCAGGACUGUGCACCCGCACCACGACCACCUGCGCCCCCGCCCGGCCCGCCUCCCCGAGUCCUCCGGCGCCGAGCUCCGCGGACCCUCCUGGACCGGUCGGUCCAGAUUCCCGCAUCCCCGAGGACCUCUGAGGUUGGGGCGCCGCAGCUGCCCCGGAGCCACCCGCCCGGAUCGCACCCCCAGUGGCCCGGACCUCCUGGGACCCGACGCGAACCUCGCCCGGAGCCCGCCGGCGGACCCUCCCCCGGCCACCCGCAGCCCCGCCGGCGCGGCCCGGCUCAGCUCCCCGAGCCCGGCCCCGCCAUGGCCCGGCCGCCGGGGCUCCUGCCGCUGCUGGCUCGGCUGCUGCUGCCGCUGCUGCUGCUGCCCGCCGGCUGCCGGGCGCUGGAAGAGACCCUCAUGGACACGAAAUGGGUGACAUCUGAGUUGGCGUGGACUUCUCAUCCAGAAAGUGGGUGGGAAGAGGUGAGUGGUUAUGACGAGGCCAUGAACCCCAUCCGCACGUACCAGGUGUGUAAUGUGCGGGAAUCCAGCCAGAACAACUGGCUCCGCACAGGGUUCAUCUGGCGGCGGGAUGUGCAGCGUGUCUACGUGGAGCUCAAGUUCACCGUGCGUGAUUGCAACAGCAUCCCCAACAUCCCUGGCUCCUGCAAGGAGACCUUCAACCUCUUCUACUACGAGGCCGACAGCGAUGUGGCCUCAGCCUCCUCCCCCUUCUGGAUGGAAAACCCCUACGUGAAGGUGGACACCAUCGCGCCCGACGAGAGCUUCUCACGCCUCGAUGCCGGCCGCGUCAACACCAAGGUGCGAAGCUUCGGGCCGCUCUCCAAGGCUGGCUUCUACCUGGCCUUCCAGGACCAGGGCGCCUGCAUGUCGCUCAUCUCUGUGCGUGCCUUCUACAAGAAAUGCGCAUCCACCAUCGCAGGCUUCGCGCUCUUCCCUGAGACCCUCACUGGGGCUGAGCCCACCUCGCUGGUCAUUGCCCCCGGCACCUGCGUCCCUAAUGCUGUGGAGGUGUCAGUGCCCCUCAAGCUCUACUGCAACGGCGAUGGGGAGUGGAUGGUGCCCGUGGGCGCCUGCACCUGUGCUACCGGCCACGAGCCAGCUGCCAAGGAGACCCAGUGCCGCCCCUGUCCCCCUGGGAGCUACAAGGCGAAGCAGGGGGAGGGACCCUGCCUCCCCUGCCCACCCAACAGCCGCACCACCUCGCCAGCUGCCGGCAUCUGUACUUGUCACAAUAACUUCUACCGUGCGGACUCGGACUCUGCAGACAGUGCCUGUACCACGGUGCCAUCUCCCCCCCGGGGAGUGAUCUCCAAUGUGAACGAGACCUCGCUGAUCCUCGAGUGGAGUGAGCCUCGGGAUCUGGGUGGCCGAGACGAUCUCCUAUACAACGUCAUCUGCAAGAAGUGCCAGGGGGUCCCUGGGGCCGGGGGGGCCUCAACCUGCUCACGCUGCGAUGACAACGUGGAGUUUGUGCCUCGGCAGCUGGGCCUGACAGAGCGCCGGGUCCACAUCAGCCAUCUGCUGGCGCAUACCCGCUACACCUUCGAGGUGCAGGCAGUCAACGGUGUCUCGGGCAAGAGCCCCCUGCCCCCUCGCCAUGCAGCUGUGAAUAUCACCACCAACCAGGCUGCCCCAUCUGAAGUGCCCACACUACAUCUGCACAGCAGCUCAGGCAGCAGCCUGACCCUGUCCUGGGCGCCCCCAGAGCGGCCCAACGGAGUCAUUCUGGACUACGAGAUGAAGUACUUUGAGAAGAGUGAAGGUAUCGCCUCCACAGUGACCAGCCAGAAGAACUCGGUGCAGUUGGACGGGCUGCGGCCGGAUGCCCGCUACGUGGUCCAGGUCCGGGCCCGCACGGUGGCGGGUUAUGGGCAGUACAGCCACCCAGCCGAGUUUGAGACCACAAGCGAGAGAGGCUCUGGUGCCCAGCAGCUCCAGGAGCAGCUGCCCCUCAUUGUAGGCUCGGCCAUGGCUGGACUUGUCUUCCUGGGGGCUGUCGUGGUCAUCGCCGUCAUCUGCCUCAGGAAACAGCGACGCAGCUCUGAUUCGGAGUAUACGGAGAAGCUGCAGCAGUACAUCACUCCUGGAAUGAAGGUCUAUAUUGACCCUUUUACAUACGAGGACCCUAAUGAGGCUGUGCGGGAGUUUGCCAAGGAGAUUGACGUGUCAUGCGUCAAGAUUGAGGAGGUGAUUGGAGCUGGAGAGUUUGGGGAAGUGUGCCGGGGUCGGCUGAAACAGCCUGGCCGCCGGGAGGUGUUUGUGGCCAUCAAGACGCUGAAAGUGGGGUACACUGAGAGGCAGCGGCGGGACUUCCUGAGUGAGGCCUCCAUCAUGGGUCAGUUCGACCACCCCAACAUCAUCCGGCUGGAGGGCGUGGUCACCAAAAGCCGGCCAGUGAUGAUCCUCACUGAGUUCAUGGAGAACUGUGCUCUGGACUCCUUCCUCCGGCUCAACGACGGGCAGUUUACGGUCAUCCAGCUGGUGGGCAUGUUGAGGGGCAUUGCUGCCGGCAUGAAGUACCUCUCUGAGAUGAACUACGUGCACCGCGACCUGGCUGCACGCAACAUCCUCGUCAACAGCAAUCUGGUCUGCAAAGUCUCCGACUUCGGCCUCUCCCGCUUCCUGGAGGAUGACCCCUCUGACCCCACCUACACCAGCUCCCUGGUACAAGAUGUAGCCGGGAGGGAGACUGGGGGUGGGACCAGCCAGGCCGGGGCUUUGGGCUGGGGACCAGCCCCGAGUCACAGGGUGAAGGGAGUGUGCCCCCCACACCAGGGCGGGAAGAUCCCCAUUCGCUGGACUGCCCCAGAGGCCAUAGCCUAUCGGAAGUUCACUUCUGCUAGCGAUGUCUGGAGCUACGGGAUUGUCAUGUGGGAAGUCAUGAGCUACGGAGAGAGGCCGUACUGGGACAUGAGCAACCAGGAUGUCAUCAACGCUGUGGAGCAGGAUUACCGGCUGCCCCCUCCCAUGGACUGCCCCACAGCGCUGCACCAGCUCAUGCUGGACUGCUGGGUACGGGACCGGAACCUUCGGCCCAAAUUCUCCCAGAUUGUCAACACCCUGGACAAGCUCAUCCGCAAUGCCGCCAGCCUCAAGGUCAUCGCCAAUGCCCAGUCUGGCAUGUCACAGCCCCUCCUGGACCGCACGGUCCCAGAUUACACAACCUUCACAACAGUGGGCGACUGGCUGGACGCCAUCAAAAUGGGGCGGUACAAAGACAGCUUCAUCAACGCUGGGUUCGCGUCCUUUGACCUGGUGGCCCAGAUGACCGCAGAAGACCUGCUCCGGAUCGGGGUCACCUUGGCAGGCCACCAGAAGAAGAUCCUCAGCAGUAUCCAGGAUAUGCGGCUGCAGAUGAACCAGACGCUGCCUGUGCAGGUCUGACACCUGACUGCCACGGUGGGUGCCCCCCAAGGACUGCACAGAGAGUGACCAGCCGGCUGGACUUUUGGCCUUUUGGAUGCCUGACUUUAGGCUGUGGCCAGAAGAUGGAAGUUUGGGGAGAGCCCCAACUGGGACUUCUCCAGGCUUGUGCUCCCUCCCUGGGAAGUGUGCUCCAGACCUCUUCAUAUUGAAGAUGGAUUAGGAGAGGGGGUGAUGACCCCUCCCCAGACAUUUUGGGGCCCAGGUCUUUCUGCUUUCCAACGGGGGAAUCCCCACAACCUCAGACUUGGCUAUGCUUCAAUGCUGGAGGUCCUGGCGGGGUCAGUGUGGGGGCGGGGUAAGCCUGGGCUCUACAGGGCCCAGCCCUGCCUGGGGUCUGGCCUCCCCCCAGGUAGGCAGAAAGCAGUCCGUCCCUCAGGAACUGGAGGAGGAGACUCCAGGAAUGAGGAAAUGUGACACCCCUACCCCAAAGCCAGCUGGCAGCUCCAGUUUGCACAGGGACUGUUGUUCUGGGGGCUGAGGGCCCUGCCCCACCCCCGCCCUUGGUGCUGUCAUAAACAGGGCAGGCAGGGGCAGGCGACGAGUAGCCCCUUGCCCCCAGAGACUCUCAGAGCCAGAGAUCGGAUGUGUAUGUGUGCGUGUGUGUAUGCGCGUGUGUGUAAGUGUGCACGCACUGGCCUGCACAGAGUGUGGGUGAGGCGUGUGAAAGCUUGGCCCUGUGCCUUGCAGUGGGGCAGCUGGGCCGUUAGCGGAAUAAAGGCAAUAAGAUGAU